UUGCGCUCCGGGGUCCGCCUCAAACUGUCGUUCGAUUCCGACAACUCCGGGCGAAGAUGCCGUCCGAUCCGGAAUCCGGACUUCAGCCGAACCAAGAUAGGCCGCAAAUUCUGAUAGUCGGCUCGAAACUGAACGACACGUGGCUCGAGAAAGACAACGUCAGCUAUAUCAUCCCCUCCGGCACUUGGUGGCCAUGGUGCGACUACUGGAAGACCCCCCAGCAUACCCUGUUCCAGCUGGCGAACGUGUGCUUCGUGUUGGCGUAUUCGUCGACGUGUUCCAAGAAGGGAGUCCUGUUCAUGCACUGCUGGCUGAUACUGGGCCUGAUGCUGUUCUCUACGUGGGCGUGGAACAUCAUCUGCGCCCCGGACGUGUUCACGUGGAACUUCGCCUUCAUGCUGAUGAACAUGGCGCAGGUUUUUCACAUCCUGUACCAGCUCAGACCGGUCAAGUUCGAUCCCGAAUUGGAGGAAGUGUACCACACGCUGUUCGAACCUUUCAAGCUGGCCCGUCUUCAGUUCAAAAGGAUGGUGGGCCCGGAUUUCGCGCAGAUCAUGUCACUGCACGCGGGCGAAGCAUACGCGGUGCAGAAUUUGACCAGAACUGACCGGCUCGGACUGCUGCUGUCAGGAAAGGUGAACGUCUUGUCCGACAAUCAGUUUCUGCACCCGAUCCUCCCGUGCGAGUUCAUGGACUCUCCGGAGUUCGAGUCGAGCAGGAACACCGUCGACGACAAGUUCAAGGUGUCGAUAGUGGCGGCCAGCACGUGCCGGUACCUCUACUGGCAGAGGUCCUCCUUGGAGUACCUCUUCGUCAAGGACACCUACAUAGCAACGGUCCUCACGACCCUCAUCGCCAGGGACAUCACCACCAAGCUGUACGCGAUGAACAACAAAAUCGUGACGGCCAAGGGCUCCCACCUGGACAUCAGGCUGCCCAGCAUUACGUCAUCGUUGACGUCAGCGGGGGAGUACAAGAGUCCGAUUAGGACCAAGAAAACCAACGGCGGCGUAGGUGCGUGCAAGCAGGGGGAAGAGUCUUUUGUGGGCGAUGCGCCGCGACACAAGAUGUACGACAAGUUCAAGGAAAACGGCAACCUGUCGCAAAACUGUUACGUCAGCGAGAUGGAGCCGCUGACCGAGCUGCCAUCUACCGACGAUCUGACGUCGACGGACGUGGAAAGCUGGCUCGAGUCCAGCUCGAAGUUCCACAGCUGCGAGAUCGUCGACAUGGAUUAGAUAAUCUCCAAUUUCAGUUUUUUUUUUAAAUAUACAAAACUUUAACCCAUUACUCUGCUCUUGUUAAUGAUUUAUAGCGAUUGCCCAUCGAGUGGCGUCAUGAGUUGCGACGCUUCCGAUUGAGCACUGGGAAAACAAGAUUGCUUUCGAAAAAUCGUCACUGGAAGAGACAAGUUUGUAGCGCGAAGCAGGUUAUAUUUCAAAGGGAAGCCGCUUGCUUUGUUUUUUUAUCGUGCUCCUGCGGAUCCCUAUGGAACUUUCGCAAAAUCAAUGUAAUUUUAUUGUGUACACACCGUGUAUAAAAAGUCUUUUACUUAUUGCCGAAUUUCAAAGUCACGACAAACUUUGAUAAAUAUAAAAAAAUGUACAAGCAAUAACGAUCGAAAAAAUGCCUGAAAUAAAUGUUAUUGCACUCGAUCAUCCGCGUCUGCUGGUUAAAGAGUUCUGCCGAUCGGGUGAAAGAUUAUGGAGGAAAACAUUUUUCUGGAAGCCAAAAUUGCCAAAAAAAAAAAUUCAAAAAUUUCUAAAAAAUACUUGGUAAAAUUUGA